GUAUUUGGCGAUUUCCUUAUUACUCGCCGACAACGAGAAGAUGCUCACUAUGGUGGUCAACAGCAUCAAGCAGGACAUGGCGUCCGGGAACGACGCCCUCGCGGCGCUGGCGCUCAACACCGUGGCCAACAUCGGCGGCGCGGAGUUCGCGGAUAACCUCUUCUCGGACAUCGCGAGAAGCCUGAUCAGCCCCAGCUCCAGGCUCUCGCAGUACAUCAAGCGCAAGGCUUGCAUCUGCCUCCUGCGGCUCUACCGCAAGGACACCGACGCCCUGUCGCCGGACGUGUGGCGCUCGAAGCUGGCGGCCAUGUUCACGCAGACGGACGUCGGCCUGCUCACCUCCGCGAGCGGCCUGGUGCUCGGCAUCUUGGAGCAGGGGACCUUCCCGGCCGCCGAGUGGCUCGAGAUCGUGCCCGCGGUGGUGCACGCCCUGUCGCAGCUCGUGCAGGACGGGAGCGCCCUGGCGCGGGGUCGGCGGAUUACCAUGUGCCCUGCCCGUGGCUUCAGACGAAGCUGUUUCGCAUUCUGCAGUUCUUCCCUGUGGAGGUCUUGA